AUGAAGUAAAUUGGUCAUUAUACAUACGAUGAAAUAAAUUGUCUCGGAUAAGGAGCGUAUGGUAAAGUGUACGAAGGAUUAAACACUCUCAAUAAUGAAACAGUUGCCAUCAAGAAAUUAGACUUGAUCCUUUUCGAAAAGGAUAAGUACUUACGAAAACAAAUAGGUAAAUUAUCUAUUCAAAAUCAUCUAAGUGUAGGAGAUAGAAAUCAUGAGUAAACUGAAUCACAAGAAUAUAGUGAAAUUUGUUGAACUCUUGGCUACUAAGAAAUCCUUGUUCAUUGUGACUGAAAUGUGUCGUAGUGGAGAUCUUAAAUCAUUGAUUGCUAGCAAGAAUAUUAGUGAAUAAUAAGUAUACUCUUUACUAUAUGGUCUAGGCUAUUGAUAUUAUGCUAUAAAUAUUAGAAGGUUUUAAAGAAUUAAUUAAGAGUGGAGUUAUUCAUCGAGAUAUGAAACCAGCCAAUGUUCUAAAUGAUAUGGGUACUGUCAAAAUUGCAGAUUUUGGAUUUGCUAAAUACGUUGAGAAUUAUUCUUCACAAUUACUUAAAUCUUGUGUUGGAAGUCCCCUUUAUAUGGCACCAUAAGUCUUAGAGAGACAUCAUUAUAGUACUAAAUGUGAUAUUUGGUCAAUCGGAGUUAUUUUUUAUGAAAUGUUGCACUUUGAUGUACCAUGGAAGGGCAGGGAUGAAGAAGACCUCUUACAUAACAUCAAAACAUAACCUUUAUAAUUUAAAAAUGAUCUAAGCACUUUUUCAAAAGAAUUUCUAACAAUCGUAAAUAUAUCGAUUAAUUGUAGACUCUUGUUAUUGAAGAGGAGAAUCGAGCUUCAUGGAAUCAACUUUUUGAUCUUUCAAAUGCUUCUGUACUUCAAAAAUCAGUUUCUGCUGAAGAUAUCAAUGAGGAGAGUAUAUAAAAAUUACCUACUUGGGUUUAAAGACCUAGUUUUUAAUAAAGAUAAGAUAAAAAAGUAGAAGAAUAAAGGUAUUAAUAAAUAGAGGAAUUAUAAUAAUUAAGAAAAUAAUUAGCAUAUUAACACUUUAUAAUGACAGAAUGCUAUAAUGAAUAAAUUAAUAAUGAAAAAAAUGGAGAAUUACAAUAUGAGAGUAUUAAAUAAUUGAUAAAUUAUUUGAAUGAUAAUAUUGUAAAAUAAUCACAAGAUUUAAUCUAAGUAAUUUAAAUGAAUACAAUAGACUAGUCUUGAUUUAUAUUCAAAAUUUUCAUAAAAAAAUUAACUUUGGAAAAUGCAAGAAUAAUUAAAUAUGGAACAUAAUUAUUAUGUAUAAAUGUAGAUUGAUGCUAAAAAAUUGUUUGAUACAAAUUAAUUGUAAGGUAAACCUGACGAUAGAUUAAUAAAUGAAGCAAGGAAUUAAUUAUAGAAAUGUAAAAAUUCAAAUGUAAAUAAUUCUUUAUUGAUAACUUAGAUAGGCUGCUUCAAUAUUGUUAGAUUUGAUAAAUAAUUAAAAUUGGAAAAUAUGAUUCUUAUUUAAAUUAUAGAUAAUCAAAAUUGCCAAAUUUAUCCUACUGUUAAUUUUAAUUCUUUUUUAUUUAUAGAUAUCAUAAUUAAUUCUUCAUUUUUUAAGUAUUUUUUCAUCUGA